UGUCCCCCAACUCCUAUGGCUCCUCCUUACCAGAGAGAGGAGGAUCUCUCUCACUGAAAUCGCCAACACUGAAAUCGUUAAGAGUGGACAAGUUUGCAAAGUCAUUGGACCCUAAGCUCACUCGUAGUCCAAGGGAAGCCAUGCAGGAUGAAGACGGAUAUGUCACUUUAAAUAUUAAAGGUCGAAAACCGGCUCUCACCUCAGUUGACUCUGCUUCCUCACCUUUGUGGCGUGUGAUGGCUUUGAUUCUGCUGACCUUGUGCGUGGGGUUAGUUAUUGGGCUGGUGGCUUUGUGGAUGAUGUCUGCCACAGAGCGAAACUACCUACAAGUGGAGAACAAAAAUUUCUCAGGCACUCUGCACCGGUUGGCACAGCAGUUCUGCCAGUAUUUAAUAAAACAAUCCGAACAAAAGAGCGGCGUCAGCCAUAAAUGCAGCCCAUGUGACCGAAACUGGAGAUACUACGGCGAUAGUUGCUAUGGAUUUUUCAGGCACAACUUGACGUGGGAAGAGAGUAAGCAGUACUGUGUUAACAUGAACGCCACUUUGCUGAAGAUCACCAGCCAGAAAGUUCUGGAAUACAUGAAGUCUAGGACUGGAUUCAUUCGUUGGGUUGGAUUGUCCCGCAAGAACACUAAUGAGGUCUGGAGGUGGGAAGAUGGUUCAGUGCCCUCCAAAGAUGUGUUUGAGCUUUCUGGAAAUGGAGGAGACAAUAUGAAUUGUGCCUAUUUUUAUAAUGGGAAAAUUUACCCCACCUUCUGUAAUGACAAACAUUACUUAAUGUGUGAGAGGAAGGCAGGCUUGACAAAGGUGGACACACUCCUGUAAUGCAAAGAGAUGGGAAGGAUGUCACAGACAGGUGCUUGAUUGUACAGUGACAGAUCUGGAUGAAGGACUUCCUGGACAUAAAAUUGUUUAUUUUUUCCCUUCAUCCCCCUUGGAGUCAUCUUUAUAUUAUCUUUUCUACCAACCCCGCUUCAUUCCUCCUUUAUCUAUCCCUUCAUACUAAGGGAUAACUUAAUCCCUUCUUUAUACCUCCGGA